AUGUUGAUAAAUUAUAUUGUGCUGUCAGAUACACAUUUGGAAAUUGAAGAUGGGGAGAGCCUGCAGUUUCAAUGCAUCAAGGGAAUGAUUCCAGAACAGGAGCUCAGAGUUACAUGUAAUAAAGGUGAAAUAAACUACCCAAAGUGUAAUAAACAGAGUAAGUAUUGUCUUAUUAUGCAUGUAUCUUAUGCCCCGUUUUCACUGAGCGGUAUGGUUUGGGUCGGUAUGGUCUGGUACUCUAUUUUGAGUGUUUCCACUAUGAAAGUGGCCAAUACAACUGAACCAAACUGCACUAUUCCUGGGCACCCUUCAGAUGUAGUUCCAUAGGAAAUGGUACGGUACGAUUAGGGUGGCGCUACUGGCGUCACACUCUACAAUCCAUUGAUUGGCAAACAGGAAAAAGUCAAUGCCCGUGACAAAUGACACGCUAGGCAUUUGGUCUAAACCCCACAUGCCCCUGGCAGUCAGACUUGCAGUGGAAAUGCUCACCUAAAUAGGCUGGACCAUUCUAACCCCUUCCGAACCGUACAGACCCAAACCAUACCACUCAGUGGAAAUGAGGCAUUAGAUUUCUAAAGCUCCCUUCCACAAAGCUUCCAGGUUUCAAUUUCAGUCAGUCUUCAUACAAGACCACUACCAUAAUCCUCCAUUAAUUUGAAUUUGUUGAAAACGAUUCUUUUAAAAUUACUGCUAAUCUUCUUUUAGUUUUCACCUGUUAAAAUACAGAUACUAGAAGGAAUGUAGGGCCUGCCUUGAAAAAAUUACACGUUUCUGUCAUCUCGUAAUCUGUCCUCUUUUUAUUUACAAUUUGUUUCCUUACAAUAAUUAUAUUUUUAAAACAGUUUUUUUUUUCCACUUUAUUCAUCAUAUUUUGUGAUGCAAGAAUACAUUGUCAUUCCAAAGUCAAUGCUAUUGAUACAAUAUUUAUGUUGGCAAUUCUAAGAACCUUCUAAGGUCACCCCCAUGUUCUUUAGAUACUCUGAAAUCGAAAAUAGAUUUCUACUCACUUUAUCAGCUGUUUAUGUCAAUCAAGAUCAACCAUGCCAUUUGUGAAAUGCAUGUUAGAAAAAAAAUCCCCCCAAAUUCAUUAUUAUUCAAUCAUAUGACUAAUUUUAAGAUAUUAUCAAAAUAGACAAACCAUUACUAUAUGUUUGUUUAGUUUUUUUCUAUGGAAAAUGCAAUGAAUUGAGAAGUAACUGAUUUCAAUUCUGCCUCAAUUUUGUUAGAGCCUUGCCGAUUGUCAUUAGAAGAAAUCAACAAGAAUAAUUUAAUAAUGAGAGUGGCCAUUACUAAAGAUAGUAUGUAUGAUCAUGGAGUGAAAAUACCCCUUCGGUGUAAACCUGGAUUUUUCACUGUAUCUGUUCUAAGUUUGGAGUGCUAUAAUGGAGUAAUGAGAUAUCCCACAUGCUUUAAUGAACGUAAGUAUUAUCUUUUAUUAAUAUUGGAGUUUGGAGUAGUAGCAUUUUUUCAAACAUAUUUAUAUUUAAUAUUGGAGUAUCUUUUAAUAACAGUAUUUGGUAAUGAGCAGCAUUUUGGAACUAUUCUCUUAAUCAAACAUAAAGCAUACAUAGCAUACUGCUUUAAAGAUGAGUGAUUUGUUGGACUAAAACUCCACUGUUCUAUGUCACCUACUAUAUGAAGAUUGGUAAUUCUAACUGUCAUAACUCCAGUAUCAGUUCUAUCUCUUCAUACAUCUUAAUGCAGUAUGAUAAACUUUGCAUGUACACAUAAUGGCACACCAUACAUUGUACUGGAGUAAUGAGGUAGUCUACAGCUUCUAUCAAUAUUAACACUUUUAUACAUUAAUAUUUGUGACCUCCCCCUUGUUUAUACUUGUCUUCCUAAGUGCAUCUUUUUUUGUCAAUAAUAGCUCAGUGCAUCUCAGCUCCUUCCUUAUUAUGUUAUUAUACAUAUAGCGCCAACAAGUUCCGCAGCGCUUUACAGUGGGUGGACGAACAAACAUGUAGUUGUAACCAGACAAAUGGACACAUAGGAACAGAUGGGGUUGAGGGCCCUGCUCAAUGAGCUUACAUGCUAGAGGGAGUGGGGUAUAGUGACACAAAAAGAAAGGAUAGUAUUAGACUAAUGACAGUUGCAGGGGAGGAAUCAGUUGGGAGCUAUUAACAGUUUUAUUGAUACACUUUUAUGAAGAAGUGGGUUUUUAAUUAUUUUUUGAAGGAGUGCAUCUUCAUGUCUGAGAGCCCCUACCUAUAUCUAUCUGCUUUCCCUCAAUAUCGUCUAAUCACUUUCCAAGGUGUUGUAGUCAAAGUAUGUCUCAUGAAACACAUUUGUGAUGUUUGGCUCAUCCCAGACUCACAUCCCUAUUGGCUAUCUGCCUCCAAUGUAUAUGUCAAAGCUCUGUGGCUUUCUGUUUCUGAGUCUCCUAGUUGUCUAUCCGUGUCUCUCUGUCCCUCUUGUGUCUAUGUGUCAGCUUCCCUUCAAAGUCUCAUGGUUCUUUUCUUUAUCUCUCAGCAAUACAGGUCUGCUUGUGCCAUCAUUGUCUCUGGAUAGAAGCCACAAUCUAUACAUCAUUGCAAUAUUUGAAUACACCAAAGCAGGUCAAAGAUUACAUCAUUUAGGGGGUCAGUAGAAAAAUCAGUGAUUAUAGGCUAGCAGACAGGAUGUACCCUGCACAUCACAACCUUUGAGGAACAUGCCUAUAAACCACGACAAGCCUAUUUGUAAAAAGUGCAAAUUUAUGAUAUGAAUGAUGCAAAACAAUGCUGGAGGUCAAUGCUUCACUUAACUGUGAAUUAUGAAAAAAAAAAAAAAGAUGUUUUGAGAAAUUUAGGUCAAAAUAGCCCGACUGGAAUAAUUCUCUAGUUUAGUUUGUUUCCUAGCACUGUUAUUUGACCUAAAAUGUGCAGUUCUAUGCCAAAUCCCUAGAAUAUGUGGUAAAUAUAUCUAAUCUAUUUUCCAGGACCCUGUCGUUUAAAUCAAGAAUACCUGGAUAGAAAUCAUUUAGAGCUUGAUCCAGUUAAUGAUGACAAAGUAUAUUAUAAUAAUGGUGAGAAAAUUGAGUUUCUCUGCAAACCAGGGUAUAAAAGUAUCUCUGAUCUAACUGGACUGUGCAUUAAAGAAGAUAUUAUCUAUCCUUUCUGUUAUGAAAGCGGUAAGUCAUUGAAACUUAUGACUACAUUAUAGGGGAGAUGGCACCUUGUUUGUUUGGUGUAUUUUGAUUGGUUAGAUGGCUUUCUGGAGAUGUGUCCACUCUGGGCUGACAGGCCCCUUUCUGACUGCAUAGGGGCAUUGGGGGAGAUUUAUGUAUUAAGUAUUUCUGGCACAUUUACAUAUAAUUUAUGGCAAAAUGUAUGCAGGUUACUUCAUCAUGGCACUUGCUUCAAUAUGAAUAUUGUUCCAGAGAUACUAUAUCUUUCCUUUAAGUUUCAUUUUCAUUUGAUACCUUUUACCUUUUCUAUAAAAUCAUGUGACAGAUCUGAGCUAUCCAUCUCUGGUCAGGGGCAAUUGAUGCUAUCUAGAUGUUGGCUGGGUUGCUUCCCGUUUGGUACUAUAGAUUUGUUGCUUUUUUUGUGCGCUAACCAUCAUUUUUUAACAUACCCCAAUUUUUUGGACACUCAAUGGAUUAAUUGAUAUUUCCGCACAUUUUGCCUUAAAAAAAAAGUGUUCUGUUUCACAUCUGUUUCUUCCACUCUACAUUUGGUGUUCUUUUAACACAUAAAUACAAUCAAAAUAAUGAUGGAAUAUAACUGUCACUUUUCAGAACACUUUGAUAUAUAUGCUUGAUUUUGUCACUGGCAUGCCUCAACUCUAGUCCAGCUCCCUCUCAUUCUCUCCUGAUUUUAUUCCUUCCACUAUUUGGAGAACAUUUGGAUUUUAACCAAUAUGACACCUUGAGGCAGAAACGUGCAGUGAAUUAAGGUGCUGAAAGACUUGAAUGUCCUUCAGAGCAUACUGCUGGCAAGGUUGAUUAUAUGACCAUAACCUUCUUCGCAUGGCCCUAUGGGAAAUGAUAACGCAAGACCCUGGCCUCUUUUUCAUACAUUAUUACCUGUUCUUUAUAUACAUUCUUAUUUGUAUCAAUGUUCAAUGUCAUCAGUUGAAUGAUUCAUGGCUAUACUUGUGAAGAAAAAUACUUCCCAGGUAGGUAUGGCUUUUUCUGUGUAAAUUUGAAAACCAGAUCAAAUGCCUUGCCCAAACUUUUAUUAUAAUGCAAAUGUGAAAGUAAUGUGACUGCUUGUCUUAUAUGUCUGAAAAUAAUGCUUAAAGUAUCAUAUUCUGAAAAUUACUAUCUAGAAAUGUUGUGAACUGAUUUUAUAUUUCAUAUUUUCUAGGAGACUGA